UUUAACGUCCCUCACUUUAUUACUCUCUCCCUCUCUCUUUCCCCAACCAAACCAGAAAAAGAAGGGUAGAGAAAUAGCCAAAGCCAAAGCCAAAACCAAAGCCCACCUGUUCUUCUUCAACGCCUCUCUCUCUCCUCCCUUCGAUCAUCCAUCAAAAACCCUAUUUCUCGCACACUGCGCGCAGAGUCACAGACCCACAGACCCACACUGCACUUCAGUUCAACUCUGGUUUUUUUUUUUUUUUUUUUUUUUUGGGGCACGGCAUUUCUGGGUUUUUUACACCUGCUCUCUUGCUUCAUUUCCCGAAUGGGCACUUAAUUAGCAUUCCUUUUCUGGAUAUAAUUCCCACCCAGUAUCAUCACUGAUCGCUCAAAUUCUGAGCUGUUGCGAGAAAAUAAGAAAAAAAGGCUGCUUUUUUGGUAAUCUCCUCGUACAUUGUCCGAGUUUUUCCCUUUUUCAUUCGUUAUAUAAAAAGGAAAAAAAAAAGAAAAAAGAGGGGAGGAGGUAAAAGAGAUUAAGAGAGCGCUUGUGGGUUUUUCUGGCUGCGAUUCUCUAUGGCUGCGGUUGCUGAGAUUUCCAAUGAGGCAGCGGUUGCUAACAAGAAGUUGGAUUCGAAACCGAAUUCGAAGCCGGAAUCGGAAUUCACCAUGCAGAAUUUGGUCGAUAUGUUCACGAAGCUGAACCCUCUGGCUAAGGAGUUUGUCCCUUCCUAUUACUCCCAAGCUCUCGAUCACCAUCAUCAGCAUCAGCGCCUUCUUCAUUUCCAGCAGAACGGCAGCUUCCUGAUCAGCGAUUUCCCAGCUGCCGAAAAGAAUUUCCCCGAUAACAACUUCGCGAAUAAUAGGAGGAGAAGAAAUAGCUUCAACCAAGGCAGAAGAAGGUUCAGUGGACGGUCUUUUAGAGCUCAAAGGGAAGAUAGCGUCAGACGGACAGUAUAUGUUUCUGACAUUGACCAGCAUGUCACUGAAGAACAGCUGGCUACCCUGUUUAGUACUUGCGGACAAGUUCUUGAUUGCCGAAUUUGUGGCGAUCCACAUUCAGUUCUUCGAUUUGCCUUUGUUGAAUUUGCAGAUGAAUAUGGUGCAAGAGCAGCUCUGAACCUUGGUGGGACAAUGUUAGGAUACUAUCCAGUGAGGGUUUUACCAUCAAAGACAGCUAUACUUCCUGUAAAUCCAAAUUAUCUCCCAAGGUCAGAGGAUGAACGAGAAAUGUGUACAAGGACAAUUUAUUGCACAAAUAUCGAUAAAAAGGUUUCUCAAGCUGAAGUCAAAAAUUUCUUUGAAACAGCCUGUGGUGAGGUCACUCGCUUGAGACUUCUUGGGGACCAUGUGCACUCUACUCGCAUUGCUUUUGUUGAAUUUGCUAGGGCUGAAAGUGCCAUUGUUGCUUUAAAUUGCAGCGGAAUGGUCUUGGGAUCUCAGCCCAUCAGGGUAAGUCCUUCAAAGACACCAGUGAGGCCGCGGGUUACUCGCCCACCGAUGAAUUGAGAUUGAGUGGAGCUUUGAGGAGUCCAUGCGUCAAGUUCGGUAACUGAACAGUCGAGAGGCACUUUGUUGAGACAAAGAGCUUGUUAAACUUUGAAUUUUCCUCUUUUCUAUUAUUCUCAUCUUGAUCUGUCGCAGCUGCAACAUUUUCUGUGACCGAACAUGCCUUGACCCCCUCUCAGUUCACCAUUUAAAGGACUGAUCUCAACCUUUGAGGUUCUUUAUCCUAUUUAAUCCUUCAUCACUAUCAUAUGAUGAUUUACCUUCAACUGCAUCAGUGGCGACAUGAAGCAAAUCCCCUACCAUGCUUUAGCAAGGCUCGUCCUUCUGCUGGAGCCUUGAAGUUGCCAUAUCGAGCUCUCAUUAGUUGUUAGUAUAAUGUCGGUAAGAGAGCUUUGCUGCGGAGACAAUCGAAAUAAAGGGGAUGUUCUGGAACAUGAGAUCAAGGCACACUCUGGCUGGUUUUUGUUAUGAGUUUAUGUUUCACAGCCUUUAGGAUACAUUCGUUUCUGUUCUCAAGAAGGGUGGUUACUUUUGCAGGCUUUGUCAGUGACUUAAUAUGAGCCUGCAUGAGAAUCAGUAUGCAUUAGACCAGUUUCAUGUUCCCAUGCGAGAAACGACACUAGGAUCAUGUGUUGGGGCACUGAUAAGUUGCAAUGCCACAGGUGAAAAGAUUUAUCGCGACCUAGCUGAUUUGUUUUUUCAUGCAUGAGUCAGGACACGCUAGAUACAGAACCAUAUCACCGAGUAAUUCGUAAUAGAAAAUCAUUAGUAGAUGGGGAUUUGUCUAUUGCAUAUCUCAA